AUGCUCUGUGCUAAAUUUCUUGUAGGUCUUGGUGGAAUUGUGUCUGCCAUUGGUUCGUAUAUCCUACCUCUCCAAGGACAGGAACUUCGUGUCAGAUACUCUCGAAGUGAAUGGAUUACACCUGGGAUGACAUUGGUCAUUGAAGGUACCAAAAGUGUUCCUCAGAUAAGCAGCUACGGUCUACAUUGCCAAAGACGUUAUCUACUUUUGAUGCUUGAUCCAGACGUGCAGAUCCCCGGAACGGGCAUUCAGUGUAUGGUGUUGCAUUGGUAUCAGCCAGAUCUCGUCUUUGAUUGCAAGAAAGUCGAUCCACCUUACCUUCUUGAACCUGAUCCAGAUCGUACACCGGUCACUUUCGCUCCAUACAUUGCACCCCAAGCUCCUCCUCUAUCCCACCAUCGCUAUAUAUUUCUUCUUUUCGAGCAGCCCCCGACUUAUCAUUUCCCCAAAUGCUUCGAACACAUCCCACCAAAAUCAAUGGAGGCUAGAGGUGGGUUUGAUAUCAAGGUCUUCAUGCAAGCCGCUUCAUUAGGCCCGCCUGUCGCAAUCAAUUACUUCUUCGGCCGGUUGGAUGCCUCCAAAGGGGAUGACUCGACGCCUGUUCCGAGUGUGACCACCACAUCUUUUCGAUCUUUGACUUGUGACACUGGUCCCACUGGUUCUUUAGCCAAGAUUCAACGAUGA